CCGCACCAUGACUACAACUCGGAAGGCAGCCCAGGCGUCGCCGCCAAAAAUGGCCGCCUCGACUCAAGAAGGCGAAGGUCCGUGGACCCGUGCCGAGCACGAGCGGUUCCUCGCUGCGUCCAAGAUGCACCCGCUCGGGCCGUGGAAGGUCAUUGCGGCCCACGUGGGCACGCGCAACGUUCGACAGACCCAAACCCAUGCCCAAAAGUACAAAGAGAAGCUCGCGCGGUGGAAUCGCGGCCUCAGUCGCCGGCGAAAGAUCUCGUUCGACUCGGAGGACGGACAUCGACCCAAGUACAUCGAACGCCCCGACAAGAAGUCUGCCAAGAGGAAAACCGCGCGUCGCCGAAAGACCCACGACAAGGCCGACGUCGUCCAGGUCGACGAUCUUGAACCGCUCGCGUUCACGUCGCAGAAUCCGUUCAAGGCCUUGGUCGACACAAGCCCUUCGCCGUGCCAAGUCGACUCGUUGCCGUCCCUUGGGGAAUCCCUCGACUACUUCAUGGAGAUGUUUGACCUUCUCCAUGAGUAAGUGGUGUCUGUCGGUGUCGUCGGUGAAGCUAUUUAAUAUAUAUAUGCAUGGAAG